AUGAACUGCUUAACUUUGGUUGUAUUGUUAAAAUUCACUUUAGGUAUCUUUGCUUGGGAUAUUGUUCACUCCAAUCAAACAGAAGAUCAUCAAUAUCUCAAUCUUGUUAGGUGUUUAGCUGCUAAUGAACCAACUUCAAACACAACUGUUGGUUUAGACUCAAACGGUAUCUUGUCUUUCAACAUCAUCACAUCAGAUACCAAUCACUCAGAUUAUGUUUACAAUAGAUGUUGGAAUGAAAAUGCAAAUUCAACAUUAACUCAUUUUGUUAUUAAUGGAAGUCAAAAUGAAACAUUUACAAAUGCUACUCAUGUUUCAAAAGUCCAAGAUGGUCAUGAAAUGUUUGGAAUUUCCAGAAACCCAAUUCCAAUUAAUGAUGUUGCAAAAAAUAAUUUAACUAAACGUCAAAAAUAUUCAAACUAUUAUUCAAUGCUGGUAUCAGAAGACAAAGACACAAGUUGUAUUAAUAAUGAGCAGAUCGAUACAGUUACAGAUGUCUGUCAAGAUGAUCAAUUAGUAUCAUUACAUUCGUUCAACGGAAUCAAUCCUAAUGCUGGCUCUUUAAGAUUAACCGUUUGGCCUCAUCACAGUUGUAACAAAGGAGAUUACGAGAGUUACACUAUUACACCUGGUUCUUAUACAGGUUGUAUCAAGAAGACAAUAUUUUCCUGGUGGGGUACUUUAUUCGAGGAUGAAUGUUAUAAUAUGCAAAAAGCCUGUAUGAAUACUUAUCUUGAACAUUGGGAUGGUAAGUAUCACCCAGGACAAACAAUCCAUGGUGUUGGUAAACACUUUGGUCAUUAUCCAUAA